CCUCCUUGAUGCCCUUGGAUGGGAUUGUGGUCUGUUUCAGGUAUUUUUGUUCUGUAUUAUCACUAAUUCUUCAUAUACCUUUUAAUGCGAGGCAUUUUCCCACUAGUGGGCGAUGUAUAUCGUUUCGGUUGGGCUUUAAACUCGAUGCAACGGGUUUUUGAAGUGUCGGUAUUAACGAUGAGGUCGGUAGGAUUUAUGCCCUUGAGCUCAUUACGUUAACCGUUCAAUUUCACCAGAGUUUUACUGGCAAAAGAUUGUCAACCAAGAUUGUUGGGGUUUUUCCGUUUUUCAGUUCUUAGGUUCCGUUUUUAGGGUCCGGACAGUGAUGAAGAACCAUAACCGAGAGAGGAAAACAGUUUGAUUCCUUUUUCUCGACCCGGAAAUGUUUAUUUAGAUUUGUUCGAUUUAUUUUAACUUGUGCCUGGUUUGAGCAAGAUUAGUUUCGCUUAGAAAUUGGAAAAGUUUACUGUACAUCUUUGUUAUUGGGAAGAAACUAUCUUGGGUAUAUAAACUGAUAAUCACGAGAGACACACGGCUUGUUUUCGAUUUUAGAGAUUUUGUGUAAAUAAUAAGUGCGUAAAAACUAUUUAAUAUGCAGCUGACAAAUGAACUCAAUUUCCACUUUGUCUCAAAGGUAUUGUUUGUUACCUUCGGAAACAAUAGAGCCAUCACUACUGGUGCUGUCAUGGCGAUUUCUCACGCCAUUUUUCCCAUAUAGAAAGUAUGUAUCGAAAAACGAAAUAUGCGUUCACAAGGGGGUUUCACAACAGUGCAAUUAAGAGGGGUAAAAUAGCAGAUAUUACAGCGCGCCAUCAAGAAAAGAAAUGCAUUUGCAGGGGAGUGCAAAAGCAUUUUUCCAUUGCGUGACAUUCACAUAAAAACAGGAAAUCAAUGAUGAAACACAACAGGGACUUUCCGGAGGAAUGAGUCAUCAGAUUACUAUUGUCCUUAAGUCAUGUGAAAGUCUCGUGAGAUCCUGUGAUGUUUACAAAUAUACAUUAAAAGCUGAUUUUAAGGAAAGAUUACCAGUGAAGCUUGUUGAUAAAGUCUGUCAGCUUAGUUAGUCUGUGAACUUUGAGGGUAGGUUUUUGGAUCUAAAAAAAUCUCAUAUAAUGUUAUUGAAUAAUGAAUUGUAAUUCUGAAAUUCAUGACACACUAGAUGAAUUAAAUUAUAAGUCAUAUAACGUAGCGUCCGACGUUACUGUAUAUCGGCGUCAUGUAUCUUUUUAGACGCAGGAUUUUGAUCGUUGACAAGAUUAACUAUAUCCAUUCUAGCCUUCUCAUUGAAAUUGAUGACAUCAUUGUAAACCGUGUAUAUCUCAUCCCAAACACUUGUUGAGACAUUAUUGUGAUACCCUCUAACACCAUAUACAACAAAAAAAUUUGUAAGUCUUGCUUAUAACUGAUGCCACUUUAAUUUUUGAGAGUCAUGUCGAUAGAGAGAUAAUUAGGAGUCACGUUAUUGUAUUUAUGAAGAUGAAUUAUACUUUGGCUGUGAUCACUAACUCGGUUUUGGUUGGUGUUCUUGAAACGGUCUCAAUACUUGUUGCUGGUAUUUGGACUCAGUGUUGAAUGGUCGAUUAAUGCUGAAGGAAAAUAUAAUUAAAAAACGACAGUAUAUUCUUUGGUUGAAAGAGGGUACAUAUUCAGACCUACACGACUGCAAUAAAACCCUUUGCUUGAAUCAAGAUGAAAGGUUCGUCUACGAGUCGAUCCGGCUUUUUAACCAGUAAUUCUUCCAGCCAGGAAAGUGCCCGUCUCAGUCAGAGAGAAAUUCAAGGCUUAACUUCAGAGGUUGCAGGAUCUCGAGGUCAUUGUUCUCGUCGAUGAACCUACCAAAUGGGUCAGCCAGUUUAAGAAACGCAAGACACCCUUUCAAGAGCGUUUCUCCCAGCCGCUUAGCACGACGAGUCAGAGUUUGAAACCAUUAAGUAUCUUCCGGUAUCGGAAGAAAGGCUCCAGCAGAUUUAGCGAUACACUGAAGAGGACGAGUCUCUUCAAGUGUUAAAGGCCGUGAUCCAGAAAGGCUGGCCGGAGCAUAAGAGUAACGUACCCAGUAUUGUGAAUAUGAAAGCAAUCUUCGCAGUAAUGAACACUACUUGAGCAUUAGUGAAAAUAAGGCUUAAAAAAAUUUAGGCCUAUACGAGUUUUGAACAGUUGUUUCACUGUUUGAUUAACCCACUGUUUUUUAUUUGGAACCAACAUAACUGGUUACUGGUGAAACCCCCCUGUGGACACAUAUUUCGUUUUCGAGACAUGCUCACUUUUUAUAUGAAAAAAUGGCGUGAGAAAUCGCCUUGACAGCGCCAGUAGUGCUACCGAGCAUGACAUAUUUCCAUUUACCUGAGACAUAGGAAAACAAACUGGGUUUGCUUUUUGUAUACAUGAUUAAACUUUUCAAUUAUUGGAUAAUAAGGCAUUUUCAACUGAUUUGACACUUUGAAUUGUCCACCAUAAAAAGAUUUGUUAAAUGAUGUUUACCGUAGUAUUCUCUCUUCGCUAGUAAAGAUUCAAAAUCUCUGUUCUAGUUGGUCGGAGCUGAAGGUUUAUCAAUAUUCAUUUUGCUCGUCGUGGAUGCUAAGUUAUAUGUGUGUUUCAUGAUCGAAAUUUUAGGAAUUUCCUUUCACGAGUUUGUGUUGAGAGUAUUUUGUGGGGCUGUUUACUUUGUUGUUUGAUUAACCCACCAUUGUUUUCUGUACAAUGCAAUUUUUUUUAAUAAGGAAACGUGUGAUUCACUUUUAUUUUUUAGGUGCCACAAACAUAAAAGGUCUAAGUGUCAGACAAGAUGAUAUCGUUGUCAGCAUUGACGUUCAUGAGGCUUGUGUUGUACUAUUCUGGUAGGUGUCAGCUGAAUUUCGAGGGGAUAUUCACUAAGCCAUAACCAGUUGGAAAAAAGCUUAUUAUAAGAAACAACUUUUCAAAUUGAAAGGGAUCCUCUUAUAGAUAUUUGGCGAAUUCGACAGAGUUACGUGUACAGAGAGCAACAUUUGAUGAUAUUUGUAAAAGAUACAUAUACCGCUUGUAUAUAUAUAUACACUACGAUACAUCAAGUAUACACUUAAAAGCUGAAUAGUUUUCAAAAUUACGCAAUCACUAUUAUCAUGGAAUUUUUAUCUUAAAGUAUUUCUGAUUAAAUCGUGGCCCUUCUCCAGAUAAUUUCUAUAUUUCCCUGCCUUGCGAAGAAGGGGAGCUGCCACAUCUCCCCUCUAAACCACCCCGUGGCCAGGGCUUGUAACAAGGGGUUACUACAGGGAGACUGACGAGAGCGAUCAAAUGACCAAUAAAAACACUUGCUGGCUUUAGAGAGAACGGGUAAUACCAAUGCUGCAACUAGCAAGCUGCCAGCGGGCAGCCAGCUACCACACAAGGCAAAGAUAAUUCUCCCUCUGGCCUUUGAUAGACGAAAUUGAGUCGUAAGUAUUUGCUCAUCGACUGAAAAACCUGCAUUCAAUUUAACAGAUGUUCGCAUCCGUUUAACUGGUUCCAACGUGACAUACGCUGGACGUGUUGAAAUUUUUUCGUAUGGAGUCUGGGGACGUAUCGAUGGAUCUUUGUCUUGGGAUAGAACAGAGGCUGAAGUGGUAUGCAGGCAGCUUGGUUUCCCAGGUAUCGUCACGGCCUUGAAAUAUUCACCGUUUGGAGAAGGGUCUGGACCAGUCCUGAUGUCUUACGUACGUUGCACAGGAAGUGAGAAGACUUUACAACAGUGUCAGUACCGAAACUGGCUUGAGAGUGAUGUCUAUGAAAACAGAGAAGUGGGAGUGAUAUGCAAGACCCAUGAGCUUGAUACUGAUGUCCGCGGUAAGUAUCUGAAUUUAAAUUUCAAGGCAUCCAGAGAGGAUUUCAUGCUUGCUUUGGGUCAUUUUUUGCACAUGCUUUUUUAGUGAUAAAAAGUGUACAAUAUAAGAAAGUCAAGCAAACUUCAUGAAUUAAAAAUCCUAAGUGUUAAGAUGUUGGUGAGUUUGGUCGUGGAUAAUAUCGUACUCGGGUCAUUUUAUACCACUGAGCUGAUGCAUUGGCGACUAGUGUUGGUCAUAGGUUUUAAAUGAAGCAUUCGAGGAAAUUGCUUUGCCCGGCCACUCCUUUGAUAGUGUUGGAGAUCUGAGUCCAAUCUUUAACAUUUCCUACGGACUAUCAACACAAAUGAAAUUUAUCUUCUUCUGACUCGUGGAUGCAAACGAAUUUUCACAGACAGACUGUGGUUGAAGAAAUUUCAGAAAAAGUUGGAAAAAAUAUCAAGCAAUAUGGAAGAGAUUCGAACCCUGUACUCCCAUACAGUUAAGUUUGUAUAGCGGAAGACGUCACAACUACUUUUAUCAAACUAUGUGCCGAUUAGGAUUGGCAGCGUGCCUGUGGCCGAUCAAAAUUGAGUUAGUGACAAUAAUGCAAAAUAACAGCUCUUUCCAAAUGUUUUGAGCGCUGAGACGGAAACAGUUAAUGCAAGAUCUAAAGCGCUCGCCAGCUAUUUUUUGUGUCAUUUGUAUUCACUUAUUUCGUCCUGUAUUUUUUCAUACCUCUCCGUUAGUGUUUUUUGUUAAGUUUGAUAACGUUUUCUUCGUCAAUUAUGCCUUCUUGCACGUUUCUCAUACGGCACGUUAUUUCGCAGUCCUCAUGUAUUUAAAGCCAGAUUCUUUUACGCCAAAGUACCUCAAAGACUGGACAUUACUAUAUAAGAAUAUGACACCAGAUUAUUUCUGUGAGGUGGGUUGUGCAUUUCGAAUUCGCUAUUUUUGGGACUCUGCUCCCAGACUAUAAGAGGUCUACACUUUCCAAGCGUUGGUCUUUUGUUCUAGCAACACUCAAAACGGCACUUUUAAAAAUUGGUCGGCCAAGGCGGUUUAUCAGUCUUAAUCAUUUAAAAAUUAUUGAGGUAACCAACUAAUUGAUUCCCUUGCAAGAAAACUGAUAGCCUUGUUCAUUUUAUUUUCUCGAGAUACAUUGUUGUUUUAUUUAUUCGUUUUAGAUAUUUCAAUUCGCCUUCAGGGAUCCUCAAUUCCUAAUGCUGGUCGAGUAGAAGUGAUGUACGCAGGAAUUUGGGGAGCAAUCAGUAGAACCAACUGGGAUAUAAACGACGCCACAGUGGUGUGUCGCCAGCUUGGUUACCAAGCUGGUGCAGAAGUAGCUUUAGCAAACGGUGUUUAUGGACCGGUCAGCGGUCCUGUGUGGAUUACUAAUCUUCGAUGCUCUGGAAGUGAAGCUGACGUAAUGAGCUGCUUUCAUGAUGGGAUUGGUAACAAGUCUGAAUCACAAAAUACAAGGAGCGUUGCUAGUGUCAUAUGCAAGAAUUUGUUCCACGCGAAUGGUGAGCGUUUUGUAGCUUCGUUUCAUUUUUUAAGAUACCCUGAAUAGCUUUGUUAGGUUUAUGCGCUGUUAACGUAUACAAAUUGCCCUAACAAUGCUUUUCAAGCUUACUUAACAUAACUUGUUUACAGCAUAAAAGUCGAGGUCUGUGAACAAAACUUUUGGUAGACUUCUUCUACUAACGGCGGAUAGGCGUUUUGAGAGCUCUAAUCGGGCACGGAAACCCUAAACUUGAAGGUUGCCUCUCGAUAUACUGGUGCUGAAAAAUUUGUUUCUAUGAUUUUAUACCGAUACAAUUUGAAUUGAUUAGUUAUAACUAAUGUCAGUGGGCCAAAUUCCCACAAUAAGUUUCGCCCUUGGAGUUCCUUAGACUCUUAUGCAAAUAUGCCGGCAGCCAUUUAAGCUUUGAAGCCUCACGUGAUCCCUAAUUGUAUGCCAAUGAGAGAUAGAGUUUUAAAAUCAAGCGAGACUUUCCUUUACGCUUAUUAUUUGCCGUGACAUUCCCAUUCCAAAGAUAGAAUCUCAAUCGACAUUGACUUAGAGUAAAGUUUGAUUUUAUGAUUGUACGGGACACCUCAGUAUGACUGGAUCGACAACUCCCUAAAAUGGAUACCAGGAGUUGCUCUUUGCCCUGUAUAAAAUAUUUCAAUUAACCUGUUUUCUUAAUGAUAUUAUCUCUCCCACAAAUAAAGGACAGACAGCUUUUCACUCUCUGCAAGAGAAAUGCCAACCAAAGAUGAUGGUAUAUGUAACGUGCCAACCUUCAAAUAAGGGCGACUAUACUUCACGGUCAAUAUAACUUUUCUUAUUUCAUUCGUUUACACCUAGAAAUGCCAGUUAGGUUACGGGGAUCUACUUCACCAAAUAUGGGACGAGUGGAGGUUUAUUACGCAGGAAUUUGGGGUUCAAUUUAUAGCUCCAACUGGGAUAUCAAAGACGCUACGGUUGUCUGCAAGCAGCUAGGAUACACCACAGCAUUACUGGCAGGAAGUCGAUUAUUUUGCUCUGUUACUGUGCCAUUUUUUUUUCGAGACUUCAGGUGUCAUGGAAAUGAAUCAGCGAUAGGUCGAUGUGCUCGGGAUUUCUUUGACUCCACCUGGUCAAGUUCUUACUGUGCAAAUGUUUUGUGCAGCGAUAGCACGGCUGACUCAGGUGAAUAAUAAUUUUGCACACACUCAUAUAGGGAUGUAAAAUUAACACUAGAAAAAUGCAUCUAUGGAAAUAAGAUAUUUAUACUUCGUAUUGUAAGCCCUGUGGCGUAUACUCUGUACCUUUGUGAUGUCGUUGUCUGAAGGAAUAUGAAGUCACUCCACUCAUGAGUCGAGACGUUGCGAGCGCAUGCCGUUAGUCCUCCUCAAGCAGUGAUAUUUAUGGUGCAUUUGGAUGAAAUGUUCCAUCAGGAAUACGCUGUUGCACGGCUUUCCCACUGCUGUAUUUUUUUACGUCAAAAAAUUCCUCCCUCCGCAGAGAUUUCUACCCCACCGUCCUUGUUAAUGCUGUUAGGGUGAAGUCUUAUGUGCAUGCCAUCUUUCCUUCUGCAUUAGAAACAAUUUUGAUCAAGAUAAAAAAGAUUUUACGUUGUUCCAGAGCUAACAGGAUCUCUUGUCAGAGCAGUUCAGUUUACAGUACCGAGACCGGAGGACCUGCACAAGAGUAAAUCAAAGAGCAUGACAGAGAUCUCCAACUCGUUAAGACACUAACCUCCGCCGUUUCAUAGCACCACCACAGCACCAACGUUUCCCCCUCUAGAACAAAGUAAAGUUUAUUUAACAUGACCCCUAUCAACACCGACAGUUAAAUAUAUUUUUUACAUCUCUUUAAGGAUUUGAUGUAAGGCUUACAAAUUCAGCUGUUAGGCACGCUGGUAGAGUAGAGCUUCGAAUUCAUGGGAUUUGGGGGACUCUUAAGUUGGUUCCAUGGUCAUGGUAUUACCACUAUUACAAUUUCCGUUUUGCUGGAGUGAUAUGCAGACAGUUAAACUUCUCUGACAGUAUCCUUGCAGUUAGCUGGGCUGCGUUUGGACCGGGAACAGGCCCUCAUUGGUAUGACACCAGGGAUAUACAAUGCCUUGGAGACGAGAGUAGUUUGCAAAAUUGCACUUAUCACAACCAGCCUCAAUUAAGGACUGGAGAUCAUGACUAUGAUCUCAGUGUUAUUUGCAAACCAAAUAAUGCACAAGCCAAUGGUGAGUUAUUAACUUAUUUCUGGGCAGUUAUAACAGUUUCGGCUAAAAGCUAACACAAACAAUCAAAUCAUUUGCUGACUCAGGCAUAGAAAAAUUGUUUAAAGGAUAAUGUACAAAAAACUGAAUCCCAGUCCAUGGGUUACCAUGAUGCACUGCCCAAAUCGACUAGCCCUACAAGAUUCUACUUCGGACGAGUAUCAUUGGAGGAAUUGCUUUUGACAUACUUACUUUGCACGCGUGUUCUUUACUUUUAUCCGCAGGGCCUCUUGCCGCUAUUUUGAAUAGUUAUACUAAAUGAACAAACGAUGAACGCAAAAAACGUACACUCAAAUAAAAGACGCCUUCUGGGGACAGGUGGUUUUAUUUUUUCCGCCGUUGCCACGUGACCCGCAAUUUUCUUACAACCGAGCUAUGGAUCACAGCAAAGAGGAGAUCACUGUUCCUCCAUCGACUCCAUAAAAAUUACAAGAUCUAAUUUUUGCUUUCAGAUAUUAAAAGUACUAUUUGAUCUAAUUCAAGACCCCACAGUCGGCUGAAGAAAUUGCAGCAAUAAUGAAAGUAGAAGCAGACGCUACAGCGCACUUAGUGGAAUUGUCAAUCAUUCUCCACUUAUUCGCAAAGAUAAUGUGAAAAUGCAUUGAAAUUGGCAUUAGGAACCAAUUACAAAUAAAUCACAAGCUAAACUUACCGAACGACGCCCCCUCACUGCCUUUCCGAUGUUGUUAUUUACUGAUGUGUCCAGACCAAUAUUGAAAGGGGUAAGGGAGGCAGUAAGUGUUCCAACAAAUGUGUAUGGCAGUGUCGCUCGUUAAAUGUCAUACAGAAAACGUGUCAACCAUAUCACCAAGGAGAUUCAGUAGAUCUAAGAGUUAUAUCCGUCUAGGUAGUCCAUCGAAGUAGUCCAUGGACUGAGCUAUUGGUGUUUUGUUCAUCAACUGACUUGUGCAUAAGAACUAUAAAUAUGAUAUCGUAUCAAAUUUUUCAGGGGUUUGGCUUUUCGAAACCACGAAAGUAUUUCUCAACAUUACCUUAUUCAGGAAAAUCCUGGCUUUCGUUUACUUUCGACACAUUCAAGUAUAUUGCAUAUGCGAACUGUAAACUAGUUUCGUCCACGACGACUUCGUCAGUUGAUACAAUAUUCUAACGAAUGCAUAAUUUCUGCAGCAAUAUACUACACGUAAUCACUCGAUAGCGCGUAUUUAGGAAAGAAAGAAAGAAAGCCCUUAAUAGCAUUGUUUCUUUAAUUUUUUUCUAUCUUUUUCUUCCUUUCUUUCUUCCGUCCUUAUUUUCUCUACUGCUCAAGUAGUGUUCAUUGCUGCUAAGAUCGCUUUCAUAUCGACGUCUUUAUCCGCAGUUCACAAAUAUGAUUUUCAUAUACUCACAGUCAUUUAUUCAUCACUUUAUGGGUUUAUUUGGAACCGACAUAAUGACCAGCUCCCUGUUGGCUUGUCAGUUCAGUUGGUAGAGCGCUGCACCGGUAUCGCAAAGGUCAUGGCUUCAAAUCCCGCACAGGCCUGAAUUUUUUUAAGCCUCAUUUUCACUGCUGCUCAAGUAGCGUUCAUUACUGCGAAGAUCGCUUUGAUUUUCAAGACGUCAUUCCAUUCGUAUUUGGAGUUGAUCAGUUGAGAGAAAAUUGACAACUCCCAAAGCGAAUGGUUAAGAACAUAAGAAGAGAAAAAGGAAAAAGGCGAAAAAAUGAUUUUCUGAUUUUCCCUGAAUAAGGUAAUAAAUGUUAUUAAAGUUAUUGAAAUUGUGCGUGAAGAUUUUUGCAUUCAUUUCCCUAAACAAUUGUUAUUGGCUUCUAGGAACCCUUCUUUGAAGGAGGAUACUUCACAAGAAGUUUUGUUUGUAGGCUUAUUUUUGCAUCUUAGCCAAAAUGGCUUUGAAAUUCCGACUUUAUAAGGGAAGAUUAAAGCUGAAAUGAUUAAAAGUAUCCUUGAUUUCAACAAUGUUUUUCAGAUUUCAAGGUUCGCUUGACGGGAUCCAAUCUAACUUUUGCCGGUACAAUCGAGGUGAUGUAUUAUGGAGUCUGGGGAGGAGUAUUUGGCCGUGGUUCUAUUGAUAUUAAUGCAGGCCAUGUGGUGUGUCGUCAGCUGGGAUAUCCAGGCGCUGAUAAAAUUUUCCGAUACACAGCUUUCGAACGAUUAAAGGUCCAUUGUGGAUAUGGAGGAUACAUUGUAAUGGGAAUGAAUCGAACAUCUCAGACUGUGUAG